AUGGCCGCUCCUAUGGCUUCUCCAGGAUCAGUCCUUGGGACUUCUCUCCUCUUCUUCUCGGGAGCCUUCAUCAUGCGUAGUGCCGGCUGCAGCAUCAACGAUCUCUGGGACCGCAACCUCGACCCCCAUGUUACCAGGACCAAAUUCCGUCCCAUUGCGCGGGGCGCCCUCACUCCUUUCCAAGGACUCGCUUUCACCGGAGCUCAGCUCCUGGCCGGUCUGGGCAUUCUCCUCCAGUUUCCCACCUCCUGUCUCUUCUACGGCAUUCCAAGUCUACUCCUUGUCGCAUCCUACCCCCUUGCCAAGCGGGUUACGUACUACCCGCAGGCCGUGCUGGGACUGACGUUUUCCUGGGGUGCGAUGAUGGGCUUCCCUGCUCUCGGUAUUGACUUGCUCUCCAACAGCGCGGCGUUGACGGCUGCGGCCUGUCUGUACUCCUCGAAUGUCGCCUGGACGAUUCUGUACGACAUGAUCUACGCCCAUAUGGACAUCAAGGACGAUGCCAAGGCGGGUAUCAAGAGUAUUGCUCUGAAGCAUGACGCGGAGACAAAGCAAGUUCUGACUGGGCUGGCCGCGGUUCAGCUCAGUCUUCUUAGUGCUGCUGGCUUCGCCGCAGGUGCUGGCCCAGCAUUCUUCAUCGGCAGCGUCGGCGGAGCGGCAGUGACACUUGGCGUCAUGAUUAAGCGUGUCAACCUGAAGAGCGUCAAGGACUGCUGGUGGUGGUUCAUCAACGGUUGCUGGAUCACCGGCGUUGUUGUCAGCCUAGGUCUCGCCGCCGAUUACACUGUAAGGUAUGUUCGAGACGGAAAGGAGGACGUAGAGGGCCAAAAGCAAUAA